UUGGGAGAGAAGUAGUAUAUGAAUAUAUUUUUAAUAGAGUAGCAAACCUGAUAAACUAGGGUUUUCCAUAGUAAUUUAUGUGGGUUGGUAUUUCCUUUCAAAUUCAACCAGAUUCAGAAAUUUUGAUCCGAUCAGAUUUUGUUUGUUGAUUCACUACUGUGUGAGCUUUAGACAAGGAGGGACAAUUCAACAGUUAUAUUUUUUCCAUCUUCUAUUAAGAAGAGAGGGAAACCAUGGUAGGGCAACUGCCAGGGAAUCCUUCUCAGGAUAGAAAUUUGAGAGAGAUACCAACUGUACACAUGCCAAAAGAGCCUUUGUGCCUUGCACGCAAAUGGUACUUCAGUAGACAAGAAGUAGAGGAUCAUUCUCCAUCGAGGAAGGAUGGCAUUCACUAUGAGGAGGAGUCAGAGUUGCGGAAGUUAUACUGCUCAUUUUUGCAAGAGCUUGGAAGGGAGCUUAAUGUGCCACAAUUGACAAUUGCAACUGCAAUUAUGUUGUGCCACCGGUUUUACAUGCGUCAGUCUCAUGCAAAGAAUGAUUGGCAGACCAUUGCAACUGUCAGCAUGUUCCUUGCUUGCAAAGCUGAGGAAACACCACGCUGGCUAAGUGACGUUGCUGUUGUGGCUUAUAAAUUAUUGUAUAGAUGUGACCACUCUGCUUCGCAAAGAAUCAGACAGAAGGAUGUUUAUGAUAAACAGAAGGAAUUAAUCGUAAUUGGGGAGAGGCUUUUGUUGUCAACAAUUGCUUUUGAUCUCAAUAUAGAACAUCCUUACAAGCCACUUGUUGAAGCUCUGAAGAGAUUGGGGAUUUCAGAUAAGGAUAUUGUAAAAAUGGCAUGGAAUUUUGUGAAUGAUUGGCUCCGUACAACACUGUGCUUGCAGUACAAACCCCAUUAUAUUGCAGCUGGCUCUAUGUACCUUGCUGCCAAAUUAAAAAAAUUGAAAUUGCCUACAGAGAAGGGGAAGGUGUGGUGGAUGCAAUUUGAUGUUUCACCUAAGCAAUUAGAAGUGGUCAUCCAACAGAUGCUUUGGUUACUGGAGAAAAUUCAGAAACAAGCUCCACCUCCCAUGCUUGGGAAGGUGAAAGAAAUGCCCAAUAUCCCACAUUCAGCCAUUAUAAGUGGCUCAAAUGUCACCCAAUAUUUGGGCCAUGGUGCUACUGUGAAUACUGGUGGAUUUGUUAAAUCUGCAACAUCCAUUAGUCCACAGUCAUGCAUUAUGAGUAGCUCAAAUGUUCCUUACUAUACUGGUGACGGGGCUAUGGUGGAUGCUAGAGGACUUACUAAAUCUUCCAUUUCCAGUACCCCACAAUCGUGCAUCGUAAGUUGCUCAAAUGAUACUGGCCAUGGAGCUAUGGUGGAUGCUGGAAGGCUAGUUAAAUCUACAAUGUCCAAGUGCAGUGAGAAUGAGGCUUCCAGUGACUUUCAUGUCAGCAUGAAAGAAAGUUUACAUUGUCAGGCAAGUGAUUGCGCUAGUGCAAAUAGUGCUGUUGAGGAUGAUGGUGGGGAUGGUAAGCCAAAAGCAGGGGAAUCUGAUCAGAACUCAAGUUCGAAGAUUGUUUCUGUUCAUGGGGGCGAUGGUAAGAUAGAUGUUAAUCGGAUUAGAGAGGCGUUAAAGAGGAGGAGAUGUGAAAGAACUGUAAAUAAGAAGUUAGUGGAAGCGAUGGAUGAUAGUGAAGCUUGGAUAGAGAGGGAGCUGGAAAAUGGAAUAGAACUAGAAAGUGCUUCUGUAGAUAAGCGAAGGAGAAGGGAUUGAAGCUUUGGCAUUUUGUGCCUACUCAUCGGAAGUGCUGCUCUCUUUUUGCAACGCAGCAACAUUUUUCUGGUAAGUGGGAGUUUGUUGGUUGGGUGUGUUAGUACUGGAACUAACUUUUUGCAUUGGGUUGACAUUUUUUCGAGGAAUAAUUAAGAUUCACCGUACAUUAUGUGAUUUCUUUUGGUUAUCAUCAUUAACUAUUGAUUGAUGGAGAUUAUGGUGGGUUGUUUGGAUAGCAAGAUUUGGAUGGAAUGACUGAUGCUAGUAUGCUAUGCUACUAAUGUGUAUGAUGUAGAUUUUUUGGUGAUAAAGAAUGUGAACCUCAACUAGACUUGGAUGUGCUGCCCCAGGAUGAGAUUUGGACUUGAGUUUGUCUUAGAACAGAGGUUGGAAAUUGAAAUUUUUAUGUACCUGAAAUGGGAAACUGUUGACAGGAGAGUCUCUAGAUGGACCUAUAUUAGAUUGCAUAAGAAUUAAGUUCUGUUUGGAUAGAUGUAUUUUUUAUUUUUAUUUUUUUUGGUGACGUUUUGGAUAGAUGGAUGUUGGACAAAAGAAUUUGAAGUUAAAUUUUAUGGAAGUAUAUAGUAGAGAGAGGAAGAUAGAGUAGAGAGAGAAGAGUUUUUGUGGUUUUGAUUAGAGAUUGUAGCCUGGGCAGAGAAUUUUGCAUGUUGUAAGAUUGCUACGUUUUAGUGAGGUGCAAGGGUUUUAGUCCUAGUUUGUUAGAAGUGCUGUAUUAUAUAGCUGACUAGUGGGAUACUUUUGCUAUAAUCAAUGGAAUUUAAAUCUUAGCUUCUAUAAUAA